AUGUGUCAGGCCGCCCUCCGCGCCGGCCCCCCGCCCGCCGUCCCGGCCCCCUAUAUAACCCCCGGGCGGGCCGCCCUGCGCCCCGGCGCCGCGCAGCCACAGGCCGCCCUCCCCAGGCCGAGCCCGCUGACCUUGGGGCUCCCCGACCCCCGGGCCCCGCUCGGGGGAUCCCCGGCCUGCGGGGACAUGAACGGUGUUUGCCGCCUGGUCCUGGUGGUGAUGACCCUCUGGCCAGACAGAGUGGUGGGCCCUGGGCCACCUUCUGGCUCUGCUCGAGCCCCAACCGACCCCAGGGCCGAGGUGGACAGCGCGGUGCUCCUAACGCGCUCGCUCCUGGCCGACACCCGGCAGCUGGCUGCACUACUGAGAGACAAGUUCCCAGCCGACGGAGACCAUAGUCUGGAUUCUUUGCCCACCUUGGCCAUGAGCGCAGGAGCCUUGGGAGCCCUGCAGUUGCCAGGGGUGCUGACAAGGCUUCGCGUGGACCUGCAGUCCUACCUGCGGCAUGUGCAGUGGCUACGCCGGGCAGGUGGCCCUUCCCUGAGGACCUUGGAGCCCGAGCUGGGUGCCUUGCAGGCACGGCUGGACCUGCUCCUGCGGCGACUGCAGCUCUUGGUAUCCCACUUGGCCUUGCCCCAGGCACCCCUGGACCAGCCGCCCGUGCCCCUGGGUCCCCCCACCUCGCCAUGGGGGAGCAUCAGGGCAGCCCACGCCAUCCUUGGAGGGCUGCAUCUCACUCUGGACUGGGCUGUACGUGGCCUGCUGCUGCUGAAGACCCGGCUGUGA